AUGCUUUCGAAAGAAAAAGAUCCCGACAAUUUGGCCAAGAUAAAACGAGCUCUUCAUUUAUUGCGGCAACGUGAAGCUUCUGCGCGUGAUCGGGAUUUCCGAAAAAAAGCCAUGAAACAGCUUCAAACUGAACAAGUUGAAACCCUGCAAUCUGGCAAACGAGUCAAGUUUAUGCGAAGAGGAAACAUGUAUUCCGGAUCCGAGCUCAGUAAUCCUUAUAACCCCAAAGAAGCGUUUCGAAUGCAUCAGCGCCUGGUCAAGCAGGCGUUGUUAUUGCCUUAA